AUGAAGAGGCUCUCUGGUAUAGGCUGGGGUGCCAACAGGGACCUCCUCAUCAAAUACUACAUGGCUGCCAUCCGAUCUAAGCUGAUGUAUGGUCUCCAUCCAUGCAGAGAGUGGCAUUCUCCCCCUAAGUGCCUACAGGAGACAAGCUCUUUGCCACCAAUACCACCGCAUCAUGAGCCUACCUCCUCACAUCCUCUCAUCACUCUAUACACCACCUCUGGAGUGGACCAGCACUCACCUGUAUGGUUUCCUGGUGCCAGGCAACCACUGCUUGUGAGAGCUCUCCUAGCUCAUGCCAUCCUAGGCUUGCCUCCACCACCUCCACAACCCAUCAGCCCACACUCACCACUACCACCCUGGCUGGACAUCUCAGACAAGAUUAACCUGCACCUUCCUGGCCUCCCUCCCACUCAUGGUUCUGCUGGUGUCCUAGCUCCCACCCUCUUUCUACAGCUGGACAGAACCUUAUACCACCACCAUCUCAGAAUAUAUACUGAUGGCUCCCACUCCCCUUCACCUCCCUCCACAGCUGCAGCCAUCUAUUUACCUGCAUCCUCUACCUGCACGACAUGGAGGUUCCCACCAGACACCGAUGUCCUGACAGCGGAACUCUAUGCCCUUCAGCAAGCCCUCAACCACCUCACCACACUCUCCUCUACAGGCUCAGCAGUUAUUUACACUGACUCCCUCUCCUCCCUGCACCUCCUUCAAUCCCGCCAUCCAACCUCAUUCACCUUCCUCGUUCACUCCAUCCAGCGGACGCUGCUACAGCUUCCCACUAUGGGUUGGGGGGUAACCCUACAGUGGGUUCCAUCCCACUCAGGCAUUCGAGGAAAUGAGGUUGCCGAUGCUGCGGCCAAGAUGGGCUUGUCGGAGGUAAACAUCACUCUGCUCCCUCUCCCUCUCUCCACCGCCAAGUGCAUUAUCUCCAGAAAAUGUCACUCCACCUGGGACACCUCCCUCAACACUGCUCUCCUCACCACUUCUCUGGGCCAGUACAGGUGUAAUUCCUCCCCACAACCCUGGAUGCGACAGCAGUCCCGUGUACUAGACGUCGCCCUCACCCGUCUCCGCCUGGGCCACACCAGACUCACAGCUCACCUGCAUCGCCUGCAUCUGUCUCCUGACCCAUACUGCCCCUGGUGCAGGACUGUACCUGAAACCAUCGAACACUUCCUUCUCCACUGCCCACGCUUUCACUCACACCGUGUUGUGCUAUGUUCCUGACUCCUUGCCCUGGACGUGGCAACAUUCG